CGCCGGGGAAGCGGCGGCCUCGGCAGCUCCAGCGGGUCCCUACGCCAGCGGCGACGGCGGCAAGGAUGAUAUCUCCGCGGAGUCGAGGCGGGGAGGUGGCCCGAUUCUACACGGUCACCGAGCCCAAGCGCCAUCCACGGGGAUACACGGUCUAUAAGGUCACCGCGAGGAUUGUUUCACGAAAAAAUCCAGAAGAUGUCCAAGAGAUAGUCGUUUGGAAGAGAUACAGUGACUUUAAGAAAUUGCACAAAGAACUCUGGCAGAUUCAUAAGCACUUAUUCAGGCAUACAGAAUUGUUUCCUCCCUUUGCUAAAGCAAUAGUAUUUGGGCGAUUUGAAGAAGGUGUGAUUGAAGAGAGAAGACAGUGUGCAGAAGAUUUGCUUCAGUUUUCUGCCAACAUCCCCAUGCUCUACAAUAGCAAGCAGCUUGAAGAUUUCUUUAAGGAUGGAGAGGUGCACGAUGGAUCUGAAUUGAUUGGUCCUGCAGAGCCUCUGGUGGACUCUCUGACUGACAGCAUAUCUACCUGCAGUUCUGAAGCUCGGAAGGGUAUUGGUGUCCUUGAUGAAGUGACACUUAGCCAGUCAGAAUAUGGAGGUUUAUCCAGUGACAGUGACUUGAUUUCCUUGACUAUUGAUGCAGAUUCUCUUGUUGAGUUAGAUGAUGGAAUGGCAUCUAACCAGAAUUCCCCCAGCACAUCUCUUGGUCUCAGCUUUGCUGCUGAACCUCCAGCAUUGGCAUCUGCCAUUUCAGACCAUGAAUGGAGCAAAUCUGAGAGGGAGAGGGAGAGCCCGGGUUUAUUCACUGGGAGCUUGAAGGCCAAGCUUGGCAGGAGAGACUACUUGGACAAAGCUGGAGAACUGAUAAAGUUGGCUUUGAAGAAGGAAGAAGAGGAAGACUAUGAAGCUGCAUUUGGCUUUUAUAGAAAAGGAGUCGAUCUACUCUUAGAGGAAGUUCAAGGAGAAUCAAGUCCAACCCGUCGUGAAGCAGUGAAGAGGAAGACUUCAGAAUAUCUGAUGAGAGCAGAAAAAAUUUCUAGCCUUUACUGUAGAUCCUCAUCAGAAGAUGGCUCAAUAUUUGGUCCUCCAGGAUCACUAAGUUCAAGGCCCUCUUGGAACCUAAGGAGCCCUGCCGAGGAACUGAAGGCCUUUCGAGUCCUUGGGGUGAUUGACAAGGUUUUGCUUGUAAUGGAUACUAGGACACAACAGACAUAUAUAUUGAAGGGUCUAAGGAAAAGUAGCGAAUGCAGCAGGAAGAGAAAGACCAUCAUCCCCCGCAGUGUGCCCAACAUGGUGGCUCUGCACAAGUACAUCAUCUCAGAGGAAUCGGUCUUCCUUGUGCUGCACCAUGCAGAAGGAGGCAAACUUUGGUCUUACAUUAGUAAAUUCUUGAGCAGGAGCCCUGAAGAAAGCUUUGAGGCCCCUAAAUCCAGAAAGUCCAGCUGUACCAAGAUACAUUUGCACCAGGCAAGUCCUAGUCCUCAAGAUACCAGCAGUAGCCUUGGCUCCAGAAGAAGUAAUGGGGACAAUGUGUUAAAGGUUUUACCAUUGCAGACCAGUCUCACUCCAAGUUCUCAAGAUGGUAGUAGUAACCAAGAAGAUGGUCAGGAAAGUUCUCCCAAAUGGAUUGACUCUGGGUGUAGUUCAGAGGAAGAAUGCACCACAAGUUAUCUAACAUUAUGCAAUGAAUAUAGUCAAGAAAAAGUUGACCCUGGUUCAUUAAAUGAGGAAUCUGUCCUGAAACCAGAUGAUAAUGUUCUCAUUACCAAAGAGCAAAGAGGCUUCAAAGCACAAGAUGGAGCUGCCACUGGGAAUUUGGAAUCUGCAUUCACAUGUAAGGAAAUAAAAGAUUUUGCUGAUGAUGCGGAUCCAGAAACUGCUAAUCCUACUAUGAUAUCAGAAUCGUUAAAUAAAUCCAAGAAGAGCCCCAUGGAAUUUUUCAGAAUUGAUAGUAAAGAUAGCACCAGUGAACUUCUGGGGCUUGAUUUUGGAGAUAAACUUUAUAGCUUAAAAUCAGAAUCUUUUAAACCAUUUUUUCCCACAUCAGAUCAGGAUAAGAGCCUUGAAGCCAUAGAAAAUAAAUUAGGCCUUGCAUCUCAGGAUACUAUCAGCAGGGGUUCUAAUGACUCUGUGCCUGUGAUAUCAUUUAAGGAUGUAGCCUUUGAUGAGGUUGGUAGUAUUGAUGAAGGAAGACCUGACCUUUUGGUCAACUUGCCAGGCAUUAUGGAGCAAAUGAAAGAAGCUUCAGUGGAUGAGCCAACAAAGCUGAUGGAACCGAAUGGAGACAUCUUGGAAAGCAAACUUUUGGAAACUCCUGAUGUCUUGCAAUUGAAUAGCAGUGCAGAACAAAGCAGAGUGCUUGAGCAAAAGGUAGAGCAUUUGAGGGAAAAAGAAUCAAAAGGACUAUGCAAAGACAAUCAGGAAACAGUCAGGACAUUCCAUACAGCUGCUAGUGACCCAGUUGGUUUUGGGAACAGGACAGCCUUUCAAGGACUUCAAGAAGCAACAUCAUCAUCGUUAGAUGUGUUCAGCAUAAAGGAAAAUGUCUUGGUUUCCAGUACACAAGUAGAUGUUACAGAAGACAGCUUAGAUGUGGACAAUGAAGCUGUGUUGCUGUUUUCCGAUCGUGCUGAAGAAAACAAUAAAGAUGGAACAGCCUCUUCUUUGUCCCACAAAGCAGAAAGCAAAGAGUUGGGUGUGAGAAGUAGAGGAGAGAAUGAAAUACAUCAUUUUUUUCAGGACUUGGAUGAGAGAUUAGCACUAACCUCCAGAUUUUACCUCCCUGAGGGCUGUGUUCAAAGAUGGGCAGCUGAAAUGGUUGUAGCCCUUGAUGCCUUGCAUAGAGAAGGAAUUGUGUGCCGUGAUUUGAACCCAAACAACAUCUUAUUGAAUGAUCGAGGACACAUUCAGCUAACGUAUUUUAGCAGGUGGAGUGAGGUUGAAGAUUCCUGUGACAACGAUGCCAUAGAGAGAAUGUACUGUGCCCCAGAAGUUGGUGUUGUCUUUGAAGAAACAGAGGCCUGCGACUGGUGGAGCUUGGGUGCCCUUCUCUUUGAACUACUUACUGGCAAGACUCUCCUGGACUGCCACCCAGCAGGAAUAAAUACUCAUACCUGUUUGAAUUUGCCAGAUCACAUUUCAGAGGAAGCCAGAUCACUCCUUCAACAGGUUCAAGGUUACCCAUGUCCAAAAGGAAGUGUUUCAUCUCUGGGCUGCAUGUGGCUGACUUUACAGUUGAAGAGUCUGCUCCAUUGGCUACUUUUGCAGUUCAAUUCUGUGGAACGUCUUGGUGCUGGAAUCCCUGGAGUUGAAGACAUCAAAGCACAUCCUUUUUUUGCCACCAUUGAUUGGACAGAAUUAGCUAAGUGAAAAGCUGUACAAGUUGUCUGUGCUUAGGCUAAAGAGUUCUAACAGAUAAUUCUCUUGGCUUGCUGUCAUUAUGAAGACUUUAAGUGUUCCCUGACCAGGAGGAGUAAAUUGGGAAUUGGAAUCAGAGCACCAAAAGGAAUGUUUAAGCCUGACUGUGCAAAAGAAAGAUGUGGUGUACACUGCUGGGGACUGAUCUCAAUUCUUCUUUUGUGUUGGAAUGGUGUGCAGCACUGAUUGCAGGGCAUUACAAGCAGUUGUCGUAGCAUAUCAUGCCAUACAUUUCCUCACCCCCAUUUCAAAUCAUGGGAAUCUGGAUGGAAAAGGUUGGCACCAUUUUUGGAAGUAGCCCUGUGAUUGCAGUCACAUCUAGCUCUGGCGUUAGUGGGAAAUUAUGCAAAUAAGAAUGCACCCCUUGUAUUUUGUUUUAUUUUAAGUGAUGAUGAAGUGUGGAAUUUCUGUUGUACAUGCCAGUGCCUAUUGUCUAUGCCAGCUGAAUAUAGCCCCCUUUUUAUACUUCUGUAACCUUGGCAGAGUUGAAUUUAGGUAGACUAGAGAACAGGGAGAAAAAUAACUUAUCAAUAACAUAUGCUAAAUAAAAUAUUAUGGUGCUUCUGCAAAACUUGACAUGUAAUAUGUCUAAUCUGGGGAGGGGGUGGGGGGAGUAUGAAAGCUAGUAACAUGCAAUGUAAUUCCAAAAUGGUUAAGUGUCAUCUCUCAAAAGAUGGAACAAUGUAAUCUAGCUAUUGCUAUUUUGUGCUUGUUGGUUGCAAUGCAAUGUUUUUUUAAAGCACUAAUGUUUAACCUCAAGUGAAUUAUACAUUUUAAACCACUACAAGACCAAAAGUCUCUUCGGUCACCUACAUAAUGAUUGUUUUAGUAAUUUUAAAUGGACCAAGAAAAUAGAAUGCUGAAAAAUGUAAGGAUGUAUGGAUAUAUGGAAAGCUAGCAUAUAUUGUAUGGAAAUUCAUGCCUUCACAUAACUCUGUGAUAUGGUAGUUUUUAUUUUUUUUUCUUCAUUUUGUUUACAUGGAAAAUGUUUAAAUUUGCAGCAUUCCACUUACAUACACAUGUGUUUUUAUUUGCACAUGUGAGUUCUGAAAAUGUUUUGCCUACUCAAUUUCACUACAAUUUUGUUUCUUUGUUUAGAAACAGUACAUUAGUGUUUUACCAUUGUGAAUCCCUCCUAAGGAGGAGAGUCUUCAAACAACUGUUCUGAGAUUUGGGAGUUUUAUAUUGAAGUGCUCUAUCAGAAAGAAUAUUUGGAAACUUUUCACAAGUACUAGUGCUUCACAAUUUGAAUUCCAUUGCUUGUGCCAUGAACAGGCCCAACUGAAAUGGGAUGAAUGAGAUGUCUGCAAGAGAUUGGUUGUGCUUUUCAUGAAUAUUGUUUUUUUUAAAUAGAUUUGCCAUGAAGCUGUUUCAGAGGACUGCUGUCUUCUGAUACAAUUGGUAUAAUGGAGAUUUGACUAUUGGUCCUUAACUUGCUGAUAAUUUUGUCAGAUGGAAACACAGACUCCAAAAGUUGAGAACAAGACACCUAAAGUUAUAUUUACUUAAAUUAAAGAAUGUUUCUUUUAAAAGGUCAUUGUAUUAGUACAUGUGAAACCUUCUGUAAUAACUAUUUUAGGAUGACUCAUUAAGGUAUUAAGAUCCAAAAACUAUUAAAAUAGCAUACAAACAUG